UGCUGGCGUCAUGUUACAAGGAAGUAGGAAGUCGUCGCGUUUACAAUUACAAAUGGUUUGUAAAACAAUGAAGUGCUAACAUACAAGAUGAAUGUCAUCAGCCGUGGCAAGAGAUUGGAUGAACUUGCGUGAUUUCAUUAGUGAUGAUUGAAGCAAUUUGAAGUGUAGAACUCUUCACAAUAAUAAAAUGGUUAUUUACACCGAAAAAGAUGUUGUGUUCUUAAUCGAGGGAACGUCGAAUCUAGGAUUACAUUAUUCAAAAUUCAAGCCUUAUCUUGAGAAAUUAAUCGAAUAUUUCAAUGAGGGUGCAGUACCAAAUGAUGAACUCAUUGCUUCAAAUUUUGAAAACAUCAACUAUUACUUGGUAACGUAUGGCACAAAAGACGACUAUCCACAUCCUCCCGUGAAUGUAUUACUGGAUACAACUAACAGUCGUUUAUUUCUUGAUAAAAUUCAAAAUUUCAAAUGUGAAGGUGGUGGAGGAGAGUAUUAUGCACUGUUGGCAGAUGGUCUGAGUAUUGCUUUAGAAAUAUUAGAUACUUCAGGACAUCGAGAGUUUCACAGGGAUUGUAAUGUACAAAGAUAUUGUAUAAUUGUUGCCAUGGCACCACCUUAUCCUGACGCGACGAGUUUAGAGGGAAAUAGCUUCUGCGAUCUUACCAUUGAUGAGCUUGCUAUGAAAAUGGGACAGUUAGGAGUACAUCUUUCUUUGAUUGCACCACACAAAAUGGCAACAUUUCAGAACAUCUUUGACAAGGCCAAUUACGACAACAAGAAAUCCAUCCUUCCCAAAGACUUUGUCGUCGAUAAAAAUCACCUCGUUUGUCUGAAAGGAAUAGACUUCCAUGUUACUGAUGUUCCAAAUGUUGAAAUACCUGCACCUUCACAUAAACCUGAAUAUUCAGAAUGGCCAGGAAAUACUAAUACAAGUGGAGGUACAACACAAGUAAUGGCAUGGAGUGGAUGUUUACAUUGGCAAGAAAUGAUUCGUUCUGAAACAGGAAGCAACUCUGUGAAGAGAACGCUUAAAUGUCACGUGUGCACUUCUCCUUCUGAUAAUUUACAAACUGAUAAAUGGCCUCAAGAAUUACUUAUGCAGCUAAUACCUCAAUCCUUAUUGACAACUCUUGGGACGCUCCUUCAUAAUUCCAAGACUGUCAGUUUUCAUUUUUCUGCAAAUGAUCCAGAGUCAUUAAAAGCGUUAUAUCGGGUGAUGGCAACAACCAAAGUUCGAUUUGCUGGUUGCGUGCACUUCAGAAAUGCUCCAAACCUUCAACAAUGCGAUGUGAAAAUUUUACUUUUGAUAUUCAGUCCAAGAAAAAGAGCUUUUGUUGGACUAAUACCCGUUGAUCAGGACAAAUUUGUUGCUGCAAUGAGGAGGUUGGUGGAAAAUCACAGAAAACAACAAAUGCUGAACGCAGCAGCUUACAGAAUGCAAAUGCAACGACAGCAAGCUCAACAACAGCAAACGCCACAGCAACAAAUGCAACCGCAACAAAUGCAACCGCAACAAAUGCAACCGCAACAAAUGCAACCACAACAAAUGCCACAAUUGCAAGGACAAGGACAGAAGUUGCAGCAACAGCCAAUGCAACAGCCGAUGCAACCAACGCCAGGACAGGCGCUACAGCAACAGUCAGCACAACAGAUUCAACAACCAUUGCAACCAAGGCUUAUUCGUUUGCCUGUCAAUCCAUCUCCAAAAAAAUCAAUUGCAGACAUAAACACAUCAAUGCAGCUAAGCAACAGUACAUUGUCGGUAGCUGGUACACCACAACAAAGUAUUAGCAGCAACAUGUUGAAUCAGCAAAUUAAUAACAAGUUGCCAGGUCAAGAUUUGAUACAGUUGUUUAAACAGCGAAAGCAACUGAUGCAUCAACAACAAGCUUCAAAUUCAGGAACAACUGGAAAUAACACUGCAGGAAUUAACCGUAUCAAUGCCAAUCGAGCGCGCCUUCUUUUGCAACAAGUGAACUCCCAUGUCCCACAACCUAUGCAACCUGUUAAACACUUACAACAAUUGCAACAGUUACAACAGUUACAUCACCAACUGCAGCUGCAACAAAAACAAGAACAACAACAACAGACCAGUACUCAGCUUACAAUGCAGCAAUUUCCACAGCAAUUUCCACAGCAAAACCAGCAACACAAGAUUCAGGUUGCAAAAAACAACAUGCAGUUACAGUUUCAACAAAUGCAAAAAUCUAAACAACAGUUGCAGCAGCAGAUGCAACAACAACAAUUUCAGCAGCCUUUGCAACAGCAACAACAACAACAACAACAACAGCAGCAGCCUUUGCAACAACAACUUCAGUUUUCGCAACAACAGCUACAACAAACUUCACAACAACAAAAGCAAUUUCACAUGCAGCAACUUCACAAAAAAUUGCAACAGCAGAAAAUGUUGAGUCAGCAACAACAAAUGACGCAAACGCAGACUUCACAGCAGCAACAAUUGCAUGCUCUGCAGCACCAAACACAACAAAUUCAGUUGCGACAGCAUGAUUUACAGGAGCCAAAACCCCACCAACAUCUUCAGGAGGAGGCAGAUAAGCUUACUGCGCAUAUGCAAAUAGACAACAACCCGCAACAACACAUUCAACUGCAACCAACUCAGCAACUUCAAUUGCAACAGCAGCAGACGCAGCAACAGUCUCUCGUCAAACAAGCAUUAUCAAAUAGUAAUAUUCUGGUGCAACUUGCACAACGUCCUCAAAGUCAAAUAAAGACGCAACCGCUGACAACUGUACCGCGUCCUCAACAGUUGUCGCAGGCAACUCUGACACAAGAAGCGAUGAGGCAAAAUCAGGUGAAUUCCAAUAACGUGAACCAAGAUGAUAGCAAUCUCUACGAUCUGUUGAACUGAACGGCCAUUAUCUGUUGAACUGAACGAUGGUCAUCCAGCUGGCCAUUUAGUCAUUACAUAGUCAUUUUAGUCAAUGUAUUUCAUAAUAAUUGUAGUCUUUAUUUGAAUUCGUAAAAAUUAUUUAUCAAUCAUAGGUCUUUUAGAACUCGAUGUAUUCAAUAUUGUGUAAUGAUAUAGUAUAACAUAUAGUAUAAUUAUGUUAUAGCGUAACAUACUGAGUGAAAUAAAUUUCAAUAAAUUCAGUAUUUUGGUGA